CCUGUUUCCUGGGGGGCCUCCUGGCUCUGCGUCGGUUUAAAAGCAGAAACGCUUCCACGUCUUCCAUUCUUUAAUCGAAAUAAGAUCUGAAAUCCCGUCCGGCGAUCUUAAUCGGGAGAACUUUUCUCAGAUCUAUAUUACAUACGAUUCUCUUCUGAACUAUAUAUCAUCCAUUCAAUCUUUUAGAUGGCAAACAGAGGAACUGCUUCUAAUAACUCGGCACUCAUUUCUAUGAUUGCUGAUGAGGACACUAUAACCGGAUUCCUGCUGGCUGGAGUGGGAAACGUUGAUUUGCGCAGGAACACAAACUACUUAAUUGUCGACUCAAAAACAACUGUAAAAGCAAUUGAAGAUGCAUUUAAAGAUUUUACCGCAAGGGAGGAUAUUGCCAUCGUCUUGAUUAGUCAAUAUGUCGCAAACAUGAUAAGGUUUCUAGUCGAUAGCUACAACAAGCCAGUACCCGCAAUUCUUGAAAUUCCUUCCAAGGACCAUCCAUAUGAUGCACAACACGAUUCGGUUCUUUCACGAGUCAAGUACCUCUUUUCUUCUGAAUCAGUGGCUGGAGACAGGCGGUAGUUCAAUAUGCUUCUUCCGCUUCUUCUGGUUGUUUAUCUGUAUUUAUAAACCUCAAGUGCUAUUCCCAUUUGUAUUCCUAUUGUAAUAAGUAGUCAUCCUUUUUAUUCAUUCGGGAACUGUAACUGCAAUUUGACACAGCCUGUUGUGAGAAAUAUUUCAAAUAAAUUAUUGUGCAAGGCUCAAUGAGAAGUUUCUUCUAUUGUUUGAGUUGGUUUCCG